AUGUCAGACCAACUCGACGGUCAAUGCCUGACGACAAUGGGACAGCCAUCCACGCCCCAGCCUCCGCCCCAGCCCCGGAAGCCAACCUCUCCGGCGCCAGUAGCCAGCCUGAUCCAGCCCGGGUAUACUGAUCUAGGACCGCCGCCGCCGCGCCCACUGCGGGCGCCAGUAUAUCCCUUGUCGAGCAGACCGUUCCUGGACCAGGAUAUGUCAAAUCCUCCGCGCCUCCGAACCAGGAGCCCGCAGCGACCACGCACAUCUCGUCCAGAUCGGCCGAGCCACGGCACAACGCAGCUGGGGAUUCCCACUGCUCCUUCAGCCCCUGCCGUCUCAGCUCUAGGUCCCCGAGAACCCCCUCCCCUUGAUGUCCCUUUGCCUCCAGGGCCAUCUCUCUACCCACAGGUACCCACCCCUAAUCCCACAGUCCGGCCCCUCAGCGUCCCAGCCGAGUGCCACCUCCCGCGCUCUCGAGUCCACCACGCCUCCCUCCAGCCCGGCCAGUCCGCGUACUGCCAGAGGUGCGCCAGGGUCCGGCAGUGCGUGAUCGGGCUCGCGGGCGGACGCAGUUUGUGUACUGACUGCCUGCGGCAACACUUCAUCGACCGCCUGGGCUAG